GAGAUGAGAAGAAAAUCCAAUAUUUGUGUCUAUAAAUGACAUGAGUGUGUGAAGAGUGCAGAAGAGAGUAGAGUGGAAAUGUCGAAAGGGGGUUCGCUUCAAAAGGACGUGCCAUGGAGAGCAUCGUCUUCUUCUGCGAAGCCCAUCCCCAGAAUUCAUCACAGUCCGCUUCUUCGCGUUUCUCGAACACCUGUUUCCGAUUACGGUAUCUCCGUCAUGAGGCAUCCGGACCCUAUAGGGGGUGGAUUGGGUGACGAGGCCAUAGUGGAACCAGCUGGCCCUGAUUGCCUCGUCCCUGGCCAGAAAAUGCCCAUCCAAUUACUUGGCCUUCAGGUCUGGCCAAUCCAUGUUGACCUGAAGUUUUUGGAACCGGUUGGGCGAGAACUUAAGAUGCUUGGAAAGUUCAUGGAUGACGCUGUUGAACUAAUGAACAAAUCAUUCAUAGAGCGCUGAUAAUAUGGGCUUUUAUGAAGAGAUGAAGUAGCCGCAAUUUGAUUUUUUUUUUUUUUUUUAAGUAAUGAGAAGUAUAGACAAACAUAUAGCGACUGUAACAUUUGUGGCGUAUUUUGUAAUGUGAAAGAUAAAUGCAACGCGCGAUAGUUUUGUUCGGCACUCAUAAUUAGUUCCCUUCCUUCCCCUGUAAUGCCAAUUAAAAACUAUUUCUGAGAAUCCAAUGUUUCUUCUUUUUUGCCCUAUGCAAUGCGGUAGAUUGCAUUACGUAGGAAGGCAUAACAUAGUUUGAACCGUAAAGUGGAA